CGUUUGAUUACAACAGCAGCUGAAGUUCUUCGACCCUCUUCUCGACAACAUGAUGUCCAUCGCCCCCGUGGAACGGUGGAGAAAGAUAAGGCCAUCGGCAAGCCCGGCGUUCACCACUGGGAAACUCCGCAGGAUGAACGAGAUGAUCCAAGCCUGCGCCGAAAUAACGUCAGAACACCUCAAGAACGCGGCUCAGCAGAAAAAAGACAUUGACAUCAAGCAGUUUUACAGCCACUAUGCUCUGGAUGUCAUCGCGAGGUGCGCUUUCGGCACGAAGUUGGACUCUCACACCGAUGCGACCAACGAAUUCGUGACAAAAGCAAGGAAAGCGUUCUCCGGUGGAAUUACCCUUCCUCUUGUAUUGUUUUUUCUGUUACCUGGCCUAAUGAAGGCCCUGCGAAUAAAGCCGCUCAACUCGGAUGCUUUUGAGUACUUCAAGGACGUUUCUCAGAGCAUUAUUCAAAAGAGGAAACAAAAACAAUGCCGCCAGGAAGACUUUCUGCAACUCAUGAUGGACGCUCGGGAAGGCGCCCUACAGGAAAGUGCCGAAUCUAACCCCGGCAAAGAGUCCUCGGAAAUCUUCAACCUCGACUCCGAGAUCAAGAACGACAUCGCUUGCGUCUCUAAGGCAUUGUCUGAAGACGAAGCGUUGGCUCAGUGCGUGCUGUUCUUCCUCGCUGGUCAAGACACGACAUCUUCUGUCAUCUCGUUCGCCGUCUACUCGUUGGCACUGAACCCCGAAGUACAGGCCAAGCUUCGCAAGGAAGUCGACGAAUGCUUUGCUACGCAUGGAAAGGAGCCAAGCCUCGAUGCGAUUUCUAAGUUGCCGUAUUUGCAUUGCGUUGUGUCGGAGACCUUGAGGAUGUAUCCACCAGCUCCACGCCUCGAGAGGUCCGCCCUCGAAGACUACGUUCUCGGUGACUCGGGCAUCCGGGUACCCAAGGGUUGCGUCGUAGGAGUACCAGUGUACGCUAUGCAUUAUGACCCAGAGUUCUUUCCGAAUCCGGAGAAGUUCGACCCCGACAGAUUCAGCGAAGAAAACGUCGGUUCCAUACGUCCGUACACCUACCUGCCUUUCGGAGCCGGGCCCCGAAAUUGCAUAGGCAUGCGGUUCGCCUUGCAGGCUGUCAAGUUAUCGCUCCUCCAUUCUGUACACAGCGUGCAGUUCGUGCCCACGGAGAAAACAGACGUGCCGCUCAAAUUCGCCAUUGGCCUGGGCAUUCUGAAUACCAAGAACAUCACCGUGGGCAUCAGAGAAAGGCCCGAGCGAUGAUGUUGGACGAUUAUGUUACACGCGAAGUUAUCAUUGCAUUGUACAGUAUCAUCCGCAUGUAC